ACUCCUGCCUGUCCUCGAGCGACAUUUUGGUGCAAGGAGCCAUAACCUGUGAACGUACGGCUGUUUACGCCCGUAUAAAGAAUCACCAAUUGUGGCGAUCCAAGAUCUCUUCAUGGGGAAAUCUGUAACUGCCUAGAUUUGCAGUUGGUGACUCAAUUUAGUUUGAUUAUAUAUUUAUUCAUCAUGAGUGAAGCAUGUGAGUUACCUCCUUCAAAGGGGUCUACCGUCCAAAGAAAACCAGACAGUGUAAUUGAGCAGAUGCUAUCCACUGUCCAGGAUGGAGAACCUGAAGAAAAGCACUGCCUCAGUUAUGAGUGUGAUAUCAUAUUGGAAUGUAAAGUCUGUAGAAAUUUGUUUCGCGUUAUGCAAAGCUUCCUCAAUCACAAAAAAGCCAACUGCCUUCAGUAUCUCAUUAGCUUUGAUGUUCCUGUACCGACAAAAGAAAAAGAAAUCGACAAAACUACCAGUGAAAAUUCUAGACCAACCACUAAGGAAAAGUCUGAGGAAAUUCCUCCAACUAAAGAACCAUCACCAGACAAGACAAUAUCCAAGACUGUUCCAAAAUCAAAAGGUAAAGCAGAAUCUUCUGAAACCAGUCAGGUAAAACCUCCUGCAGUGUCACCUAAAGAAGUAAUACCUGUUGAAAAUAACGAUCCCAUGAAACUGCGGAAUUCCCGUAAAAGAGAUGUACAACAAAAGGAUAGUAUUGUUUCAAAGAAAGACAACAAAGACACCGUUUCUCAAAAGCAAGACAGUAGCCAUAAAAAGGAGAGCAGUGCUCAAAAGAAAAAUGUCAGUGUCCACAAGAAAGAUAGUACCAGUGAUAAAAGAGAUAGUUCUACAACAAAACGCCAAAGUCUAUCAGAACAGAAAGACACAACACCACAGAAAAGAAAUAGCAGCAGUCAUAGACGGGACAGCCCUCCACAGAAAAGAGAUAGUAGCAGCCAUAGAAGGGAAAGUUCUUCUCACAGGAGAGACAGCUCUUCUCAUAAAAGAGAUAGCUCUGUUCAUAAGAGAGAUAGCUCGUCUGAAAAGAGAGAGAUAACUCAUAAGAAAGACCUGUCUUCAGAAAAGCGAGAAACAUCCCAACAUCGAAGGGAAAGAAGGGAAAGUAUUUCUGCGAAAGAAAAACAAGGCAGCUCUUCGGAGAAAAGUACCCCUCACAGAAAAGAACCUGAAAAACGGGGGAGUUUGACCCCAAAGAAAGAAAGUUCGGAUAAAAAAAGACAUGCUCCUCCUAGAAAAGUAAAUACUAAUUUGAAAGAUGGCCAUGAAAAAAUGGAUGUCAGCAAUGAAACUUCUGGUGGCGUUGAGAAAAUGGAUGUCACCGUUGAAACAAGAUCAGUCGUAGCGAAGAAUCUAUCUAACCAGAAAGGGAGUUCUCUUGAAAAAAUGGAAAUAGAUGACAAGAAGGAAGCUAGCACAAUGAAGCAAAAAGAUAAUCUUGUACAAAACAAUGCAACUGUUCAGAAAAAAGAUACAGUAGCUGAGAAAAAUGUUGUUUCCACCAAGAAAAAUGAUGUUUCCGCCAAGAAAAAUGAUGUUGCUACUCAACAGAACAAAGAUGGUGGUCAAGUAAAGGAAAAAAGUGUUGCUGCUACCAUUGAGAACAAGAACACUGUUUCUGAUAAAACAGAUACAACUUCUCAGAAAGAUGAUGUUAAUUUAAAUAAGGAAAAUAAUGUUGUUGUGAAUGAAGAGAAAAGUGGCGUUGUUACUAGGAAAAAAGAUUCUAUACCCGAAAAAAAAGUUGUGGCUACUGAGACCAAAUCUCCCAGUCACCAUGAAAAACCUUUUGCGAUUGGAAAAAAAGUUGUCAUUGUUGAAAAGAAGACUGUUGCUACUGAGACGAAACAGACUUCAAAUCAAGAAAGAGUGGUUGUUGCUGAGAAAAAUGAUAGCAGUGUUCAGAAGAAAGAUAUGGCAACAGAGACAAAAUCUGUUCAGAAAAAAGAAAGUAAUGUUGAGAAGAAAGAUAUGGCAACUGAGACGAAAUCUGUUGAGAAAAAAGAUAGUGGUGUUCAAAAGAAAGACAUGGCAACAGAGACAAAAUCAGUUGAGAAAAAAGAUAGUGCUGUUGAGAAGAAAGACAUGGCUACAGAGACAAAAUCUGUUCAGAAAAAAGAUAGUGGUGUCGAAAAGAAAGACAUGGCAAUAGGGACAAGAUCUGUUGAGAAAAAAGAUAGUGCUGUUGAGAAGAAAGACAUGGCUACAGGGACAAGAUCUGUUGAGAAAAAAGAUAGUGGUGUUGAGAAGAAAGACAUGGCAAUAGGGACAAGAUCUGUCGAGAAAAAAGAUAGUGGUGUCGAAAAGAAAGACAUGGCAAUCGGGACAAGAUCUGUUGAGAAAAAAGAUAGUGGUGUUGAGAAGAAAGACAUGGCAAUAGGGACAAGAUCUGUCGAGAAAAAAGGUAGUGGUGUUGAGAAGAAAGACAUGGCAAUAGGGACAAGAUCUGUUGAGAAAAAAGACAGUAGUAUUCAAAAGAAAGACAUGGCAACAGAAACUAAAUCUGUCGAGAAAAAGGAUAGCAGUGUUCUGAAGAAAGACAUGGCAACAGAGACAAAGUCUGUUGAGAAGAAAGAGAGCAAUGUUCAGAAGAAAGACAUGGCCACUGAGACAAGAUCUGUUGAGAAAAAGGAUAGUGGUAUUCAAAAGAAAGACAUGGCAACAGAAACUAAAUCUGUUGUUGAUAGAAAGCAAAGCAGUGUUCAGAAAAAAGACAUGGCAACUGACACGAAAGACAGUCACUUAAUAAUAGACGGUAAAAAAGUACUUUUGACAAAAGAGACUGGUGCGCAAGGAGACAAUGUUGUCGGGGAAAAGGAUGCAUCUGCUGGAAAAUCGAAAGAAAACAAUGAGGUUCUUCCUAAAACAUCUACCAACUCUGAAAUGACAACUGAGCAAGUUGCAGCUGUAAGCAGUGCUUCUACUGCCAAUCAGACUGAGCCAAGUGAUAAGAAACUGGCUACAAUUCAGAAAGAACUUGUUGAAAAUAAAGAUGCAGAUAAGAAAAUUGGAUUGAAUCAAGAUUCAAAUUCCAAAGUGCUUAAUGAACCCCAAAAUAUUAGCAUUCCAAACACAUCGGAAUUAAAGGAUGUUAAUGAAGACAAUAAGAAUGAUGCUUCAGAUAAGCUGAAUCCUUUAAUUGCUGGUGUUUUGGAUGCUUAUCAGCGCUUCAAGGAUAAGACACAAUCCCAACCAAAAGUAGAGGAUCCAGCAAGCAAGACAAAUGAAUUAAACACUGUCCCAGAUGCCAAUGAGGACAAAAAGGACCAAUCUGAAAAAGGUGCUGAAGGACCUGGUGCAACUGAGAAGGAUGCUGCAUCUGAUAAGUCAAAACCUUCUGGAGAGCUGGAUCUGGACAAUAAAGAUCUGAAUGAUCCAGAGAGAUAUGAGUUAAGAAACAGAUUGCGUUGUCCAGAUUGUGGUCUCGAGCUGACCAACAUGACUAAGCUUGCUAAUCAUAUGUCCAAGCAUUUGGCAGAAUCAAAAGGACAUUUUGUCUGCCCUAUUUGCCAAAAGGAAACUCGCCUUGAAUCAUUCUCUGAUCUUAUUUUGCAUUUAAGAGACCCACAUUUCCUCAAAGAUAAGCAGCUACUUCCUAUGUGGAGGAAUUUAAUGAAGAACUGCUGGGUUGAUGAACAAGAUAUGUCUGCUUCAUUCCCCGUCAUUGAAGCUGUCAAACGGUCUGAGCGAAGCAGUGAGGACGCAGUGCCUGAGAAGAACUAUAAAUGUCCUUAUUGCAGAAGGAAACCUAAGAUCCUUCGAUAUUUUUCAGGCCUCAUUGGCCAUUUACGCUCAGCUCAUGGCCUGAAACGUCAUCAAAUACAAAAGAUACAAACAAAACUUCGCAAAACAUCUGUGGUUGAAGUGGUACACAAAAAAGAAAUCGAGAGUACUCGGCGCAUGCUUUUUAAGUGCUCUUUCUGUUCUAAAACAUUUAGGAAAAAGGCCACUAUCAAACUUCAUGUGAAGACAUGUAAGAAACGAACUACAGUUUCUGUAAAAGAAACUAAAAACAAAAAACCUCGAGGUCGACCAAAAACCUUCACCAAAAUUGUGUCGUAUAAAAGUAAAAUAGAUCAUAAGCUUGGAGAGCGUUCCGACAUUGGUCCUAAGGCAGCAAGUAACAGCGAGCUGUUGGGUGAUAACAGACCAGCUCCUAUGACUGGUGCUGCUUUGCAUUCUAACUAUAUGGAAUCACAGAGUGCUGCAAACAGAGACAUGGAACAUUGCGUUGAUGUUAAUUUAAUACAACCUGUAAAGUUAGAAACUUUCUGGGUCUCAAAAACACCUGGAAAACCCUCUGAAUGUGUUAAGUCAACUGUCACUAAUUUAGAAAAACUGUGCCAGACACCAAGCAAAAUUUUCAAAUCAGAGCUUACAAAAAUUGGUAAUUUUCAGUGUUAUUCUUGUAAAAGGUACUACUCAGUCCGGCAACAUUUUGAGCGUCAUGUUCAGCUAUGUACACAAAAUCGUAAGAUUGAAGAAAUAUCUGACUUUCAGGCUCUCCGUUGUCUGGAAUGUAAUCAAUCAUUUUCUUACUUACAACAUCUUAAAAGACAUGCAGCUAAGCACUUAGGCUUAGACCGAUUUAGAUGUAAGUUAUGUAAUUAUUCAAGUUACUAUUGGUCUGACACAAAAUGUCAUUUGACUUCUCACAAAGAUAUUGAUUUUCGCUCUCCAGAAUAUUACAUUGUUAGUGUGUCUUCAUCUGAAUAUACCUCUCCUCCAGAAAUGUCCAAUUACUAUGGAUACCAGGGGAAAAAAAUUGAUCGUUCCCAGACAGUACUGAAGCGCCGUCAUGAACCUAGCCAAGCCAGCAGUGGUAGUGGUGUUGUCAAGACACUUGUUCUUACUGAGCAAGACGGUAUGCUCAAAGUUGUCAGUGAUCCUAACCAAAUUGCCAAGAUGGUCGGCCAACAAGGCUCACCACCCUUGAAAAGGUUGCGAAUAGCCACCGACGUUACUCAAUCUCCUGCAAUUAUGAAAGCUUUACCUGAAAUACAAAAAGCAAUUAUGACACCUAGUCCUGAAAAGAGAGAAUCUACAUUACUGACAAAAAAUCUUCCCUCCCCAACAUUAUCAGAUCCAACUCCUUCUGCAGAGCAGUUUGAACCAGCAACUGAUCCUGACAAACAGCACCAGUCCUGGGUUCGUAAACCUCUGAAGGAUCCUGAUGCUCAACCCUUCACUUGGGAUGAUGAUGAAGAGGAAGAGACUAUGAUGGAGAGCACUCCAAUAAAAGCCAGUAAUAAUAGUAACACUACCAGUAGUACCCCUGAUAACAAAGAUGAUACCAAUAAGUUGUUAUCUACUGAUAAUUUGAAAAAAUCCCCAAAUUCUAACAAUGCUGCAUCUAUUGACGAGACAUUAAAAGCAGUUAGUACUAUUGCUGUUACAGAGGAAAAACCCAUACCUGACCAGUUUUCUGAACCACCGAAACUGAAGAAAGAAAUUCCUGUGGAAACUGUUCGAUGUACUGUUAGAGACAUCAAGAUGGAAGACAAUCUUCAGAUGCCAAGCAUUUCAGGACCUGAAGUUGCUGUUAACUCUUCUUCAACUGCAUCUGAUACGGUGAUGACUGUGAUGUUUAAUGAAAAUAAUGAUAUGAUCCUUGUAUCACCAAAUUCUAGCAAUUCUAAUUCAUCAAGCCAAGGAUCCACUCCCCAUAAAGAAUUUUUCAGAGUUUCUCACCCAGUUUUGUCACAAGUGAUUUCAUCGUCACAAUCAUCGUCAUCACAUUCAUCUUAUAUUUCAACAUCACAUUCGAAGCCCGCUGUGUCUUCAGUUAUGUCGAAAACAUCAACAAAGCCAUUGAACAAGCCAAAAACCAUGUGGGACAUGCAGCAUAAAAAUGCACUCCGGCGCCUUCCCACACGGGGCUUGGUCUCCAAUUCAACCUUAUCAUUUCCUUCAGCAUCAAGGCGGGUAACUAAAGUGCCAGAUCCUUCACCUACCCCAGUUACUGCUACCACAUUUGUAAGUGUUACAACAGAAUCCAAUUCGACAUCAGUGAACACAUCAACAACUUCAUCACAAUCACAGUCAAUACCAACUACAAAGUGAAAUAAGCAAAAGACAUUUCUUAA